UCCCCUAGGUCGCGAGCGAGCGACGGCCGACUGCGCGAGACCGCGAGUGACCGCCGGUCGAGCCCCGAGGCCGGAGCGGCUCCCCCGCAGGCCUGCCCUCGUCUGGUCGCCGCCUCGCCGCGCAGCAACCCCGCGACCCGCUGCCCGGCCGGCCCGCGUUACUGUGCAGCCGUGUCCAUUACUGCAUUUGUAGACAGCGCAGCUACUGGCUGACCCGACUCCCUUCUCUCCCAAUUCUCAGCGGGCGAUGCAGGCGAAGAAGCUGACCCUGCUGCAGACGGUGGCAGCUGCGGGAGUCUUCUCUGCCGUCUCCUUUUGGUAUGGCUUCAUGUUCGGAAGGGAGUCCGCGCGGCGCGAGCUUGGUGGCAUCAUAGACGACCUCCGCAGCAACAAGCCCACCAAUACCCCUGCCGGUCCCGAUGCUCAUUCGAAGCCAUAGUGGGGUAUGGUGUUCUGUUGUUCCUCCUUUGCCGUACUAAAUCUAAAUGUGGUCAAGCUUGUCUUGUGGAUCCUGCUAGGCUGUAGACGGAAGAACUAGCCUUGGAGCUACCAGUUUUUUGUCCCCUUCUUUCAUAAUGUGUAUACGGCUUGAACAUCAGUUUUUAGAC